AUAAUUCGCGUCGGGGUUAUUAUCGCUGUCACGUGGUUUCCGGUCGCGGCCGGAAGUGGAGGCGGAAGCCGGUGUGACGUCACGCAUCGACUCACCAUGGCGGCGCUGGCGAGGCUGCUGCCUCCCCCGACGCAGAUCUCCCAGGACCUGGUGGAAGCUGAGGAGCGACUGCGCGCCCAGCGGUCGCGUCAGCUCGCCGUGCACGGCUCGCGUCGAGAGCCGCCUCAGUAUGGCAAACGCAGCGGCUGGAUUCCUCGCGCCAACGAUGAUUUCUGCGAUGGCGGUGCCUUCCCCGAGAUCCACGUGGCCCAGUACCCACUUGACAUGGGCCGCAAGAAGAAGGCCUCCAACGCUCUGGCGCUCCAGGUGGACGCCGAGGGGAAGGUCAAGUUCGAUGCCAUUGCACGUCAGGGAGCCUCCAAGGACAAGGUGGUGUACAGCCGGUACACAGAUCUGCUGCCAAAGGAGGUGAUGAACGAUGAAGACCCAGAGCUGCAGCGCCCUGACGAGGAAUCGGUCAAAGAGCUCACAGACAAGACGCGGACGGCGCUGGAGAAGCAGGUGGCAGAGAAGGUGGCAGCUGCCAUGCCAGUGCGAGCCGCCGACAAGCUGGCACCGGCGCAGUACAUCAGAUAUACACCGGCCCAGCAGGGGGUCGCUUACAACUCGGGCGCCAAGCAGCGCGUCAUCCGCAUGGUGGAGAUGCAGAAGGACCCCAUGGAGCCUGCAAGAUUCAAGAUCAACAAGAAGAUCCCACGUGGCCCUCCGUCCCCGCCGGCUCCCGUCAUGCACUCGCCCAGCCGAAAGAUGACUGUCAAGGAGCAACAGGAGUGGAAGAUCCCUCCUUGCAUCUCCAACUGGAAGAAUGCAAAGGGCUACACGAUCCCUCUGGACAAGCGCCUGGCUGCCGACGGCCGAGGCCUGCAGACGGUUCACAUCAACGAGAACUUCGCCAAGCUGGCUGAGGCGCUCUACAUCGCCGAUCGCAAGGCGCGCGAGGCUGUGGAGAUGCGAGCGCAGGUGGAGCGCAAGAUGGCGCAGAAGGAAAAGGAGAAGAAGGAGGAGAAGCUGCGCGAGCUGGCGCAGCUCGCUCGAGACAAGCGCGCCGGCAUCAAGGGGCACGUCGAGAAAGAGGAGAACGCCCCGGACGUAGUGGAACGCGAUGAGAUCCGCAUCGACCGCCGGAAAGAGAGGCAGCACGACAGGAACAUCGCCAGGGCUGGGCCCGAGAGGAGGUCACGGCUGCAGCGCGACCAGGACCGCGACAUCAGCGAGAUGAUCGCGCUGAACGUGCCGAACCCGCGUGGGGCCAACAACGAGGCUCAGUAUGACCAGCGCCUCUUCAACCAGAGCAAGGGUUUGGACAGUGGCUUUGCGGGCGGAGAGGACGAGACCUACAAUGUGUUUGACCAGCCCUGGAUGAGCCACAAGGAGGUGGGCAACAGCAUCUACCGGCCCACCAAGGAGAAGGAGCAGUACGUGGACGACGUGGAAUCGCUGGUGAAGAGUGGCAGGGAUCGCUUCGUGCCCGACAAGAAGUUUGAGGGUGCCGAGGGGCGGUCGAGGCGCGACGGCCCCGUGCAGUUUGAGCGCGAAGAGGAGGAUCCCUUCGGCCUCGACAAGUUCUUGGAGGAGGCGAAGCAGCACGGCGGCGGGGGGAAGCGCGCCGCCGAGGGGCGCUCCCGCGACCACGACGACGGCAAGAAGCGCAGGAAGGAGUAGCGGCGAUCCGGGCGCGGCGAUCCGGGGGGAGAUGAAGCGUGAGACGUGAGAGAGCGAGAGAGAGAGAGCAGGGACACGAGGGGGGGGGACCUCUUCCUCCUGCGGUAGUUCGUGUGCCGAGAUGCCGCGGUGCCGCAUGGAGGGCGCGGCGCGUCGAAGGGGUCGCCGCCGUCCGGCGCCGUUGUUUUGGUUUCGUUAAGACUCGACUAGCGGCUUAUGAAAACGAUCGGUGAGAAAAAAAAAAUGUCUGGGGUUUUUAUUACAUGCGGCGGUCCCAAUAUUUGUCGGCGUUUUGUACGCUCGGAACGUGGUGGUGCGCGUGUUCACGCUGCGGCGCCGGCCGGGCGACAGUCGCCCAAGGCUCGUCGCUGUAUCCAGGCGAACGAAUCGUGAUGCCUUAAAACGCUUGGAGUGGGCCCUCGUGCCAGAAAUAAAAUGAGGGGGUUGCCCCCUUGUCCAAUUCCCUUCCUCCUUCGUAGCCUGGCGGCUGGGCCACUGGCCCUGGCGCAGUGGCGCGGCCUUCGUACUCGGCAGCCACGCCACUGCUUCAGCGGCGUUUGCGACGGCAAAAGCCACGGACGGCAUUGUCGUGCUAUUUCCGACUGCAUUUAAAUGCGUACCUUUACACUUGUAUUGAUAAACCAUUGUCCAUAAGUUACCCACCGUUGUUCUUUAUCGGAUGCGUAUUUUAUUUCCUGAUGACUUGUUUCAAAGUUCUUUGGAUUUGUAGGCGUUGCGUCUGUGUGUGUGUGUGUGUUUUAUAUGGGUUGGUCAGUAAUAACCCAGUCUGUUUUCACAAGCCCUCGUGUGUUCAUAUCGCCCCUUACUCAAUAAAACCGUGAAUUGUAAA